GUAAAUAAGUGAUUGUUUUUGUCAGAAGUGGGAUUUGAGAACCCACGCCGUUUAGAGGGCCAGAACUUGAGUCUGGCGCCUUAGACCACUCUCUCUCUCUCUCUCUCUCUCUCAUGCCUCUAGGACCUCUUUUCUCUUUCUUUAUUCUAUCAUUCAUGCCUAGAAGCUACUCUGUCACGCAGAGUCCUCUCCAAACUCCUCUCUCUCCCUCAUUCACAACAGAUUCAUAAAUUUUUUGAUUCAAAUCCUACUUCAGAUCUCUUAACAAAUGCUUCCCAGCUUUCUCAUAAAUUCUUUAGACUCCUCUAUCCACCAUUCCCAGAGCCAACCUACCACUGUCCAGUCUCCCCUCUUUCCCUUUCGUCUUCUUUUCACUCUCACAUUCUCACUCCCCAGGAUUCUCUCUUUCCCCAAUGGCCUGCUGAUCACGUUGUCCUUCACUCCUUCUCCCCCAAAAUCAAAGCCCUAAUCUGCUUGCACAGCCCAGCUACACCCUUGAUCACUGAGAUUUUGAUACUAAUUGGUUUGCCAGUUUUGGUAUUCGCAAUUCAAAUUUCAAGUUACGUCUGGCAUUACAUAUGGAGCUCGUUUCGUCCUUCUCAGUCUUUGCACCAUCUUCAUCAUCCUCCUCCAACGACGUUCCUGCACCUAAGUUUUCUGUUCAAAUGACCAAAUAUUUAGGGCUCAAGUGUGUAUGUCCUAUUAGAUGGCAGACCCAUCCGCUGCUGAGGGUUUGAAGUUAUCAUGGACUGCACCAUUAGAAAAGCAGUUUAUUGAUUUUUUGUUGGAAGAAAAAGCUAAAGGGAACAUUCCUAAUGGGAAAAUGAAGAAAAAACGUUGGCCAUUUGUCACAGAUGUGUUUAUCCAACGAACCGGAAAACACUGUCGCCAGGAGCAAAUAACCGAAAAAUUUAAACGGCUUAAACAGAAAUACCGUGCGUUUUCCCUACUAAUUGGUAGAUUCGGAAUGGAAUGUGAUCUUGUUACCAACACCGUCACAGGUAGUGAAGCGGCGUGGUCAGAAGCAGUGGCCUUGAACCCUAGGUGCAAGGGCUUUUAUAAAAAGGGGCUGGACCACUAUGAGUUGCUAAGACAGCUCUUCCACACGGGCAUGGCAACCGGAUUUUUACAAACAUCCUCUGUGCAGGGAGUACAUGUCAGUGUUGAACCUUAUAGUUCAGAUGAUGUGGUCAAGCUUCCCCCCCCAGAUAUGGGGCAAUGCAGCAACCCAAAAGGGAAGCAGCCAGCUCACCCCGACACCUCAACCGGGAAGAAGAGGAAAGCUGGGUCCUUUGAUAGAGCCACUAAUGCUAUCGUGGAGACGGAGAUGUCAAGAAUAUCGCGUGAUAAGGACAGCGAAAGUCGAAAAACCAUAGAUUCUGCACAAGUUCUUGAUCCCUUAUCAAUGGUAAUGGCCACGGAAAUUGUGAACUCUAUGUUUGACUCUCUUGGUGAUGAAACCAUGUUCGAGGUCCUCGAAAAAUUAGAAAAGCCCGAAUGCAGGCAAGCUUUCAUCAAAUUGAAACCGGAAAGACGACGGGGCUGGAUUGAGCAAUUGACUAGUUUACCCUAGGGGAGUUGGUGAAGGAAUGAGUAGGAGCUUGAGAGGAAGAGAAAGGAGAGAGGUCAGGUUGCAUAUGAGAGGAAGAAGCAGUUGACAAAAUUGAGGGUUAAAGCUGAGAAGACUGCUGAGGAGAAGCUUGACCCCCAGCUUGAAGUUAUUGCACCUAUCAAGUACUAAGCAUUGAAAUGCGGUUAUUUAUAUUGAAAAAACCUUGGGACAGCUGAGUUGCAGUUAAAUUUCUUUAGCAUUUUGUUACAAUGUUUCUGUCGGUUUGUGCAGGGUACAUCUGCCUUGCUGCAAUUUUUCAAGUAGAAGAUGUCAUGUUAUAAAUUGUUAUCUGGGUUUUCAAAUUAGCUAUGUUUGUGUCAUUAAUUGUCUCGUACUCCAUUAUACAUUUUUUACUUAGUUUGUGAUAUCAUUUGUAUUUUUUGCUUGUGGAUUGGAUGAUAAUAUUUUCAUGUUA